AUGCGUAUAACCAACUUCGCCCGAAUCGUGGCAACAAGUUUCUAUAUGAAGUGGACCCCCGGAGUCUCGUCGUUUGGCGAGCAAGAUGUACAAAACUUGCAUGAUUUGGGGCUGAAUAUUGUGCGGUUGGGACACAGCUGGGCGGGUGCUGAGCCAGUUCGUGGCGAGUACAAUCAGACAUUUUUGGAUAUCAUGAAAAAACAAACAAAGCUGGCAGAGGAGCAAGGAAUCUAUGUAUUGGUGGACGUACAUCAAGAUUUAUUGGCCAGACAAUUUUGUGGCCAUGGUGUGCCUGAUUGGUUUGUCAAGAAAGACUGGGUACCGGCCUGGAAAAGGUUCCCAUUUCCUGUCCAGUUAUGGCCAUUUACUACUGACAGUGAUGGCUUCCCUUCGCCCCAAUCGCAAUGCAAUACCUUUAAUUGGGAAUAUGGUUAUCUAUCUGUGGCUGUUUGUAACGCUUUCGGAAGACUGUACAAGAACCAGUACGGUCUUGGAGAUGCAUUCGCGGAAUACUGGAAGAAGUUGGCGUCGGAAUAUGUCGAAACCAUCAAUGUCGUAGGGUACAAUCUGCUAAAUGAGCCCUGGGCUGGGGACAUACAGGCUGAUCCGACGCUCCUUAUACCUGGAUUCGCUGACCGCAAGGUUCUGGAGGACCUCUGGAACCUCGCAGCGAAACAGAUCCGCAGCGUCGAUAAUGACACGCUCAUCUGGUUCGAAGGGACUACCUUCGAUAUUUUAUCUGGCUUUAACAACGUGCCUCUCGCCGACGGAUCCAAGACGGUGCACUCAUUCCAUUACUACCAUCCACCACAGGUGGGCGCCAUCUCCGAUACACUCCGAAACCGUCACCAGGACAACGUGCGACUCAAAACUGCCGGAGUCCUUACAGAGUUGACAUUCUGGGUUGGCGACGAUAAGCAGAUGAGAGACAUGGCAGAUGCCAUGACGGCGACUGAUGCACACAUAGUGUCUUGGAUCGGCUGGGCAUAUGAGAAUCUGUAUAAGGGCACUUCUGGAAAGACGUAUCCAGAGCUGCAGAAGCACUACAGCCGUGCGUAUCCGGCCGCGAUCGCUGGCACGCCCACUUCGUUUGGCUUCGACGAGAAAUCGGGCACUUUCAAGUUGCAAUUCACAAGCGACCCGAAUAUCGACGCGCCUACAGAGAUCAUCUUGCCGCCUUCUACGUUUCCAAAUGGAUACAGCGUUCAGAUUUCUCCUGUCGGCAGCUUGGGGCAAUACAAGAGAGACAAGCGCACCUUGGCCCUGUUCACGUCGAGUUCUCUCAAGGAGGUGACAGAUAUCUCUGUCACAAUUACUAGGAAAUAACCGCACAGUGGUGUAAAUGGAGCUGUAUAUUCGUAAACAAAGCAAGGAUAAUGCAUUGUUUUGCUUAUUUCAACUACUAGAUUGUAAUUUUGAAGUAUAGGCAUACACAUGCUAAUGCGUAUGGAAGGAAUAGCUAUACAUGGACAUGUCAUAAGACUUUCCCUUUCUCGACAUCAGUGAUAGUCAUAAGAUAACCUAUGUUGCCAUAUCUCCUCAGAAGGAUGGAUGGAGCACGUACACUGCUAUAGUCAAUUUUGCUCUAGCGGAGAGUUUCACCAUCCCAAAUCAA